AUGCAUGGAUUUUUGUCCAAAAUUAAGUUCAUAAUUUUCUUCAUCUACGUACCUUUUGUUUACUCAGCGUUGCACACUUUCAUAACUACAUACACUGAAAUAAGUGAAGAGAAGAUUACAGGAAUCCCAAAGUUUUUUGCCGUGACUACUCUGGAUGGACGACAGAUUGAUUAUUAUGACAGUGAGAUAAAGAAGCUGAUUCCCAGACAGGACUGGAUGAAGGAGUUUGCAUCUGGAGACAGAUUUAAAGAAUACACUGAGAUCAGAGAACGAGUACAGCAGACCAACAAAAUCAACAUUCAUUUUUUAAUGCAGCAAUUCAAUCACUCGCAUGGUGUUCAUACGUAUCAGAGGACGUAUGGAUGUGAUUGGGAUGAUGAGACUAGAUACUCACGUGGGUUUGAUCAGUACGGUUAUGAUGGAGAGGAUUUGAUCUCACUAGACGUGAAGAAGUUCCAGUACAUCACACAUGUACCACAGGGAUUAAUAACAACAGUCAAGUGGAAUAAUAACACAGCCCAGCUUGAAUUUCUGAAACAAUACUACCAACUUGAUUGUGUUAACUGGUUAAAAUAUUUAUUGAUGUUAAGGAAAGUGGAUUUAGAGAGAAGAGCUCCUGAAGUGUCUCUGUUACAGAAGGAUCCCUCCUCUCCAGUGCUGUGUCAUGCCACAGGUUUCUACCCAGCAGCAGUGACUAUCACCUGGUUAAAAAAUGGACAGGAUCACUAUGAGGAUGUGGAUCUUGGAGAGCUACUACCAAAUGUAGAUGGGACCUUCCAGAAAUCAUCUACCCUCAAUAUUAUACCAGAGGAGUCAAAGACGAACCGGUAUGUUUGUGAGGUAGAGCACAAGGGAAGGACCUUCCAGAAGAUUCUGACUGAGGAUGAGAUCAAGAGUAACACCAACUCUGUCCACUGUUGUGGUUCUACUGAAGCUGUGAUCCGAUUGGUCCUCUCUGCUCUGGUG